GCCGCAUUUUCGCUGGCCACUUUGUUUGCGGCUGCCGCCAUGGAAACGUGUCGCACCUGUGCGAUUUCCAUGUUUGUGUGCGACUUCGAGAAUGGCAGCAACAACAGCCACUUCCUGGACCUCCAUCAUCCCGAGAUGGUCCAAAUCCGCCAGCAGUUCGUCAACUGGAAUCUGAAGAUCUCUCCCAAUGAUGGGCUGCCCCAAAAGAUCUGCAGCGACUGCUUCACCAAGUUCUGCUCGAUAAACGCAUUCCGAGUGGCCUGCCAGGAGGCGCAGUUGAAGUUGUCCAAUAUCUACGACAAGAUCGAUGCCAGCAGCCUGGAGGAGGAGCACCAAGGCGAAUUGGACCAGGCGGAGGAGCAUCGGGGAACAGAAACAGCCAAACCAACAACGACGGUUUCAGACGAAACACAACCAAACACUGCCAGUGAAACCAUAGAGAUUUUUGUGGAUGCCGUAGACAUCGACGAGGAGGCCGAGGAGCAUCCAACCGGGGAGUCUGCUCCUCCGGAACUGACCAUUAGAUACACCUGCAAGUUCUGCCUGCGGCCGCAGGAGAGCUAUCAGCUGCAGCAGCUUCUGCUGGAGCACAUCAACACCAGCCACGAUCCGGAGCAGCCGUACAAUUGUCCGGAGUGCGAGGCCCGCUUCCAGGAUGCCGCCUCUAGGACCGUGCACCUGAAGAGCAGCCACGUGGAGAAGCAACAUGCGUGCGGGGUGUGCGGCAAGAAGUACGGCGAUCGGCACAAUCUGCGCCACCACGUGGAGAAGUAUCACUCGGAGACGGACUUCGAGUGUGCGCUGUGCGAGAAGCGAUUCUACACGCGCAAGAGCCUCAACUACCACAUGAAGUGGCACAAUCCGGACCGCCAGUUCAAGUGUCGCCACGGCGGCUGCGAGCGACUCUUCAUCAGCCAGCGACACCUCAUGUGCCACGAGGCCACCCACUCGGGCACCAGCGCCAGGAAGAGCGAGCACUGCGGCUUCUGUGGAAAGACUUUUAUACACCUGAAGACCCUUCGCUGGCACAUUUAUAGACAGCACGGCGGAGAGAAGCCGUACAAGUGUGCCAACUGCACGGAGGUUUUCGCAUCCUACGCGGAGAAGCGAAUCCACAUGCUAGAGCGGCACAGGGAGAAUCUAACUGCCAUCGAGCGGAGCGAGUGCAUGUUGUGCCGCCAGCCCUUUACCAGCGAACAGGAUCUGAUCCAGCACAUGUCCCUGGAGCAUCUGCAGCGUCCAGGGGCUCCGGUGAUUGCCAACAACAAGCGGGUGCUGCAGCAGAAGCGGGAACGACAGUACUCCGGACUCUUCCAGUGUGGCAGCUGUACCCAGCGGUUCAACAUGAAGUCGGCGCUGGAGCGGCACGCUGCCGUACACUCGGAAAAAGACCGACCCCAUGCCUGUCCACAGUGCUCCAAGAGGUUCAAGCGCGCCCAGGACAUGAAGUGGCACAUCAAGACCCAUGAAAAGGAGAAGCCCAAUGUGUGCGAUGUGUGUGGGAAGGCUUUCGCCCUUAAGUAUGUGCUUACCCAGCACCGGUUGAGUCAUGAGGUCUUGGAGAAAAACUUCAAGUGCAACGUUUGCGGUCGAGCCUAUCUGUUUGAGAAGUCAUUGCGGCUGCAUCAGCGGGUUCAUACUGGCAAAACCUACUAUAAAUGCGAUCUCUGUCAAGAGAGAUUCGUGACGCACAUUAAGCUCAAAACUCACAUGCAAAAGACACACGCCGCCACUCAGCCGCACUCUGCGGACCACCCUCUGGAUGAUCUGAUCAACAUUGUGAUUUCCUAACCAAGUGGAACAGCAAAGAUUUCUGUUAUAGCCAAGCACAAGCACGGAAACCGUAUUGGGAGCGUAAGCGUAGCUCACUGAUCUCAAGCCUACAUAGACCAUACCCUCCAUCCAAUUACUAGACCAUAUGCACACAGCGAUCUGUAAGUCGCGAAAGUGCUUAGAGCUUUACUUAGAAUACUCCGUAGGCGAAUUUUUUCUCUAUAUCUCAUAUAUCUCUGCCCAUUUCUUCUUGAGCCCCCAUAUCUAUUUCUAUCUCUGAUUCAUAUUAAUCUCACAGAACGCCUCCAACAAUCUAACACCCCAAGCAAACAUAUAUCCACUUGACCAUUUAGCGAUAAGCAAUAAGCAAUGAGAACAAAAAAGGUGUUAUACGAGCAAUUUAAGCUUCACGGCAAACUUUUAAUGCUCAAGAAAUGCAUUUAUUUCCAGAUGAAACCGAGAAGUAUUUACAAUAAUUACCGAAAACGUAUAAGAAUAUUUAAAAUAUCAAUAUACUAUGGAUUUUAAUAAAUGUAGUAGCAGAUAUAUUUACCAAAUUCAUGUUCCAAAUAAAC